AUGAAGUUCAUCAUUGUCUUUGCUGCCCUCUUCGCCGCUGCUCUCGCUGCGCCAAAUCAAGAUGCAGAGAUCUUGCGCUAUGAAAAUGAUAACAUUGGUGUCGAGGGUUACAAUUUUGCUCUUGAGACCUCCGAUGGCACUAGCAAGCAAGAACAGGGACAGUUGAAGUCUUUGCCUGAGGGUGAUGCGAUCGUAGUAAGGGGCUCCUUCCAAUAUCUGGAUAAUGAAGGCCAAGUCCAUACCACCUCUUAUAUUGCCGACGAAAACGGUUAUCAGCCACAGAGUGCUGAUAUUCCCGUUGCUUAG